AUGAGUUUUCUGUCUACCUCCCGCUUUCUAACCAAGCGCGUCAGUGCGUUUGCACUGCCUGCUUCCAAUCGUGGUGUAUACACUAAGGGACUGGCAAAGGACUUGAUGGACAAAUCUUGUUAUAGUGGCGUUAACUUUGUCAUCUCUGAGGAGGCCACAGUACUCGAGGCAUUGACACGCAUGGUGGGCAUUAAUCUUGGCUGUCUCGCUGUAAGCGGUGAAGAUGGCAAGUUUGUGGGUGUCGUGACGGAGCGUGACUACCUGAGAAAGGUUGAGCUAUUGGGGCUUACAGCCAAGAAUACUCCCGUGGGUCAGAUCAUGACGCAGCGAGCACGUCUCGUUGUUGCCAAGUAUAAUGAGACCCCGAACCAGCUAAUGAGCAAGAUGCUCUCUUCUGACAUUCGCCAUUUGCCCGUGGUCAAUGACGAUGGCGACUUGGCCGGCAUGCUGUCUAUCAAGGAUCUCGUGCGCGAGAUUAACCGUGAACAUGACGCCGACGUGGAUGCACUUUGCAGUUUUGCAAUGGGCAGAGGAGGCCACUUUGUACUAGACUAA